AAUGACUUUAUACCAACUUGGUUAUAAAGACUAUAACGAUUACGUAGAAACGUUGGAUAAUUUAACAGAAAGCAUUAAAGCGAACUUAGAAGGAAGAAACGAUGAUGACUGGAAAGAAUUUGAUAAUGGAAUCGUUAAGUUUAUGAAAGAAAACAAAAUACCAGGAAUAUCAUUAACAAUUGGACGAAAUGGAAAUAUUAUCCAUGAACAGACUUACGGUUUUGCUAAUAGAAGAGAAAAAGUCAACAAGUCAAAUCUAUUCAGAAUUGCUAGCGUAAGUAAGAUGCUAACUUCAAUUGGAAUUUUAAGAAUUAUUCAAAAUGGUGGUCAAUUGAAAUUUCAUCAAAAAGUCUUUGGCCGAAACGGCAUCCUAUCUUCCUAUUCCCCUACUGAAAGUGGCGAUAAACGCCUACUGAACAUAACUGUUCGACACCUUUUACAGCAUAGUGGCGGUUGGGAUAGAGAGAUAGCGGGCGAUCCAGUCUUUUAUAAGAAUGUUGGUAAGAAUAUGAAAGUUGAUGAGCCAGUUUCGGCCCAAGUAUUAAUAUCUUAUAUGAUGGGUCAGAAAUUACAGUUUAAACCAGGUAGUAAAUAUUGCUAUUCAAAUUUUGGUUACGUCAUUCUUGGAAGAAUAAUUGAAAAAAUCAAAGGCGUCUCUUAUGAAGAGUAUAUUAAAUCUUUUCUUACCGAUAUUGGCGUAGAUGAUAUGAGAAUUGGAAAAACCCAAUAUUGCCAUAGACUUAUUGAAGAAGUAGAAUAUUUUGUAAACCCUCUAAUGGGACCUAUAUUAGGAAAAAGCCUAUUCAGCACAGACGAAGAGGAAGAUGAUGGAAGCCAAGUUCUAUUACCAUACGGAUCGUUUUGUCUAGAGAGUGGAGAUUCGGAUGGAGGUUGGCUAGCUACUUCAAAGUCUGUUGUAAAAUUGCUAAUGAGUCUGAGCAAAGGGGAAGGUGAAGGUUGUUUAUUAAAUAAGAAAUUAACAAAUGAAAUGAUGAAGAAACCAAGAUAUAAGAAUAACAAACAAUCAACUUGUUGGUACGGAUUGGGCGUUGAUGUUAUAGGCUUCGAUAAGUUAUCUUUCGAACAUACAGGACAUUUGGAUGGUUCUACUUCUAUCGCUUUAAGAAACGAUAAGGGAUAUUGUUGCGCUCUUCUCUCCAACUACUGGCCGUUUGAAAGCGACUAUUCAGGCUUACUAUCAAAUCUAUUAAAUAGAAUCGAAGAUUGUAGUUUGUACAGUAUUCCUAAUAUUUUUGGCGAGUUUAAAGAGUCAAUUUCGUUCUAUUCGGAAAGAUUCAUGUUGUGUUUGAACGUUGAAUUAAAGAACUUGAAGGAAUUCAACAAUUUUUGUAGAUAUAACUUGAAUAUGGGACCGUCUACAAUUUGCUGUUGUACAGUUAAAGGCGUUAUCUAUUGUUACGGAUUCUGGGUAAAAGAUUCUAAAAACGAGCUAUUAGUGUGUUCAAAGGAACUUGUCGUAGAGGAAAUUAACAGGAUAAAAACUGCUAACCUUCGCCUCAUUUACGUCUAUUUCGUACGAAAUAUUGAUGUGUAUUUAUUAGUAUUCGGUCAAGGUCAACCGAAUACUACGCACUACCAACUCGAAUCCGACGAAGCGGACUUGGAAAGGAUUCUGUCAACACCCGACGUACGAGUUGUAUCGCUUACAUUUAAUAAGGAGCGCUAUUGCGUUGUUUACGAAAAGGAUGAGGAGGAAAGGGACAAGGAAGGCGGAAAGUCUACUAGACUGGAAAAGAAGAAAUCCUAUAGACAAUACGUAGAAGUGAAUAAAGAAGAAGAGUAUGAUAAAAAAUUUAAUAUGCACUCAAGGUACGGAAGAAUGCUGUCCUUUCUCUUCUUUUCCGAAACAGGCGAUAAAAUAGCAUCUGUGUGGAACGAUAGCGGAUCAUUCUAUUUCUCGGCCGAGAGGGAAAUGUCCAAAUACCAACUAAUAACCGAUUGCGGUUAUCUUUACCGGAAAGAUAAGAAUUGUAUUCAGAUCCAAAUUGAAGUAGAACACGAUCUAGCAAACAAAGUUGAGGAAGAUAAAAGGGAUAAAGUGAGAAGACCAACUAUUUUGAAGCCACCUGUCGGAUUGAUAUGGAAUUCUAAAUGUAUGGUUAAAAAUCCAGAAUCGUCUUCGGAAAUUAUGAAAAUUGUCGAUAGUAAAUUACCGUGGGAUUAUUUCCCUUUCAACUUAUUUAUUUUCCAUUUUGAUAAUGGCAAAGAUUGUUGGCCAAAUUCCAAAGAGAACGUCACUAUUUCAAAAGUACGUUAUAAAACUAAUAAGUACGGAGUCUAUAUAUCAAAUAUUUGCAAUAUAACAUCCAAAGAAUUGAGUACUGUUAGUAAGAAGAUGUUGAAGAAACUUGAAUACAUCAGAUUUGGCUAUCAGACGCAAGUUUGCGGUGAAAAAUUCGACGACGAUUUCAUUAGAAGUUUAAAGGACGGAUCAUCAACAAGCGUAAAGAACAUUCUACAUUUUCCCUAUAAAUUCAACAUAGGAGAGGCAAAAUUAACUGCAGAUAUACUAACUAUAUCUCCACCUUUUAUAAAGGAAUACGCGGGAUCCUAUAUCAAAGAUAAGAAAUCUCAUUCUAGACGCUUUCAAGUUUUCUCAAAACCCAACAGCAACGCUGGCGUUGACAAUGGAAUACAAAGUUUUUGGAGAUCUCAACGUCUUCAGCAGAAUUCCAAUGAAUUUCGUUUGAUAUUCACCAACUCAUCGGAUAAAGAUAGUUGGCUGUCUCUGUGUCUAACUGCCCGCGGACAGACGUUAAGGAUUAAAGAAUGCGAUAAUUCGGCAAAAGGAGGGCAAGGCGAACAAAGUCAAACGUUCAUUUAUUCAAAGAAAACCAAACAACUUAUGAAUAAAAAGUCGAAAAGUUACGUUUGCCUACCGAAUUAUCCAUAUUCACCUGUAAGAUUCGAGUCGAUAGCUCAGCAAGAUUGUUCGCUUCGUAUUCAGAUGAAAUUGAACAAAAACGGCAAUUAUCUAUUGCACAAUGACCAUAAUUUAUACAUGGGCGUUGGUCUAUACGACCUGUACGAAGUUUAUACAAGGAUUGACGCCACCCAACACCUUUACGCCUUUAUAAACUUUCAUCCGUCCAAUUCGGAAACGAGAGACUUGUCUGCAAAAACGAUAAGAGGACUGCAUCAAUUAUAUAAUUAUAACUUUAAAUGUACGGAUUCAUCAAGAUCGCCGACCACUAAGGAGUUUCUAAUCGGUGACAAAAUCAAGAUAGAGGCGAAAACAGUUCACUAUUGUUUUAUAAAGGAACUUGCGGAAGAUUACGAUCAAUAUGAAUAUGCAUGA